GAAAUCUGAAAAAACAAAGAAAUUUCAAAUGAAAACAAAAACAAAUGAAAAUUCCUGAGUUUCAUCAUGUUGCAUGUGGAUUUCAGAUCUCUGAUUCUGCCUAUUGGCAUUGUUCGGAUGGUGGAGGUGGUUCUAACAUGCAUCUGCUUUGCAUUGGCGGCAUCAGCGGGAAUCCCAAAUGAAGCCAAGUCCCAUUGGGCUUGGUCCAUGUUCUGCUGGUGCUUCUGCUGUUUCACAACCCUCCUGAUCAUCAUUUUGGAGUUUACCAACCUGAACACCAAAGUGCCCAUUUCCUGGGAAGACUUCACCAUGGCUUUUGCUAUGUUGGCUACACUUAUGAUGGUCACCAUUGCAAUCAUCUACCCCACGUUCUUCGCCUGCUCCUCCUGCUCCAGGCAGAUCGGGGCGUCUGCGGUGUCCUGGUUGUGUUUUGGGCUGUAUGCCGCCGAGGUCUGGUUGGUCCACAAAAGGCCUGGUGAAACUAGCGGCUUUCUCACCACCAUUCCUGGUCUCCUCAAGAUCCUGGAGACAUUCGUCACCUGCAUCAUAUUUAUGUCUUUGAGUCCCAUCGAAUAUAGGAAGUCUCCGGGAACAGAGUGGUGCGUGGCCGUCUACUCCCUGUGCUUCAUUUUUUCAUUGCUGAUUAUUUUCCUCACCAUCGCCAAGCUGUCUUCCAUCUUUCCAUUUUCUUUUGACAAUGUGGUCAUUAGCUUCAACAUCCUGGCCGUGGCUAUGUACGCAACUGCUGUUGUUAUCUGGCCGCUGUAUGCGUUUGACAAUAACUCACGUCCAACAGAUUGUAAACGCUGUCCGUGGGAUAAUCUGGUGGUGGUGACCUUCAUGACCGUCAUUAAUUUCUUAGUAUACAUUGGAGAUAUGGCCUACUCUGUUAAAAUAGUAUUCUUUACCCAACAUGGGCAAGAGUAACCCAUGCCAUAUCUUUGGUUUAACAUGAAAAAAUAAUGUAUGUAACAUGAGUAAGGAUGUUAUUGUGUACGGAGCAGCCAUAAGCGAAAUUUAGGCGAAAUUUAGCGGGCAAAAAAGGUCCAUUGUUUGUCAAUAGUAGUAGGCCUAUGCAUGAAGCUACUUCCAAACUAAGCAGUUUCAACAAAGCGAAAACGCGUGUUUAAUGUUGAACAAAUGUGAAUCUAAUGCGGAAAAUGUGCGCGAAAACAUUUCUCCUCACGCGAAAUACCAAAUCGCUCGGAUUGACGAAAUUUCGCCAUACAAAUGUGGCCGCACCCUAUUUUCAGUCACAUUACGUAGAAGGUGGAGUACAGAUGAGUUAUUCAUUCCCAGGGAGUCGCACAUGGUUAAUAUUUAUUAGUAAGUCAUGUUUCGUGGGUUAGUUUUGAAACCAUAUGUAGCCUACUACCGGUACUACAGUAUCGAUUAAUGUCACUCCGCAAUAAUAUACUUGACUGUAACUUUGUACAGUGAUUUUUAUUUUUAUAUGUUACCAAUCUUAUUUUUGUCUGUUGUUGUACAUUUUCGCAGAAAGCCGAAAGGUUGUAUGAUGUGAGAAAUAUUUAGAGACAAAGUAGAAGUUUUUGAGAUUUCGAAGCUGUUUUUAAUCUAAA